CCAGUGCAGUACAUACGCGCCAGGUGCCACGAUCAUACGUGCUUUGUUACGCUACUGGGAUGUAGGUUAAAUAAAAACAUUUCAAAACUGAAGAAUAGAGGUCAUAAAACGGUAAAUCAAUUAAUUAUUACACUGGAUUAGGUCUUAAAAUGUGCCGGUGGAUACCGUAUCACGACAUAUUUUAUGGAAGUUAAAUGAACUUAACCUCGACGAACGAUGUCACAAUCCCCUUCAUUUCUAUACCAAAACGAAAUUCCCCGACUUCUUACUUUCUUCAACGUAUAAAAGCGGUAGCUGAUUGAAGAUGAAAAGUGAAAACUUGAAUCAUUCACGUUCCACUUCGCGCCUAAAGCAUUUUCCUAGAAUGCUUGCUCGAUUAUCUUUCUAUCCCACAUUGUUGUAUAAUGUGUUUAUGGAGAAAUGCACUGCCCGGCGAUGGUACGAUAGGAUAGACGAUAUUGUUAUGUUGGGGGCACUACCAUUUCCAACCCUUACGACAAAGCUUUUACAAGAGGAAAAUGUGAAAGCUGUUAUUUCUAUGAAUGAGGAUUAUGAGUUACUUCUUGCAAAUGACCAUAAGAAAUGGCAAGCAGUUGGCGUGGAAUUUUUACAACUGGCAACAACGGAUAUCUUCCAAACACCAUGCCAAAAUAAGUUAUGUGAAGGAGUACAGUUUAUUAAUAAAUAUAUACCAAACGAUACACAUUUUGAUAAUAAAGUGCAGCCUACGGUGUAUGUCCAUUGUAAAGCGGGAAGAACAAGAAGCGCGACGUUAGUUGGAUGUUAUUUAAUGAGGAGAUAUGGAAUGACCCCAGAAGAAGCUGUAAGUCAUAUGAAGAGUAAAAGGCCACACAUCUUAUUACACACAAAACAAUGGGAAGCUUUACAUAUUUUUUACAAAGAUUUACCUACAAGUGCAAGAUGAUGCAAUAAUUUCUAGCAUAUGUAUUAUGUUCAAUUUUAGAAAAAGUAGAAAUAUAUUUUGUUUAGUUAUUGACA